ACGGCGAGGAUGAGGAGGACGAAGGCUGAGGACCAUAAGGAGGAGGAUGAUGAAGCCAAGGAUGAUGAUGAGGAUGAGGAUGAUGAGGCCAAGGAUGAUGGUGACGAUGAGGAGGACGAAGGCUGAGGACCAUAAGGAGGAGGAUGAUGAGGCUGAGGAUGAUGGUGAGGAUGAAGAUGAUGAGGCUGAGGAUGAUGGUGAGGAUGAGGAUGGUGAGGCCAAGAAUGAAGAUGAGGAUGAGGAUGAUGAGACCAAGGAUGGUGGUGAAGAUGAGGAUGAUGAGACCAAGGAUGGUGGUGAGGAUGAGGACGGUGAGGCCAAGGAUGAUGGUGAGGAUGAGGAUGAUGGUGAGGAUGAGGAUGAUGAGGCCAAGGAUGGUGGUGAGGAUGAGGACGGUGAGGCCAAGGAUGGUGGUGAGGAUGAGGAUGAUGAGGCCAAGGAUGAUGGUGAGGAUGAGGAUGAUGAGGCUGAGGACCAUAGGGAUGGGGAUGGUGAAGCCAAGGAUGAUGGUGAGGAUGAGGAUGAUGAAGCCAAGGAUGAUGGUGAGGAUGAGGAUGAUGGGGCUGAAGACCACAGGGAUGAGGAUGAUGGGGCCAAGGAUGAGGAUGAGGAUGAGAACAACGAGGACACCGAGAACACGGAAGACGACCGUGAACACGGCGAGGAUGAGGAGGACGAAGGCUGAGGACCAUAAGGAGGAGGAUGAUGAGGCUGAGGAUGAUGAUGAGGAUGAGGAUGAGGAUGGUGAAGCCAAGGAUGAUGGUGAGGA